AUGACCCUCCCAUGGAAUGAGAUCAAGACGAGACCGAUUAUCGCGUCUUGUGGUGGACCAGCAGACGGAUUAAGCUGGCUCUUAGUUCGUUUGCUCUCGCCACUUCUGCGUUACGUGGGAGCACAUAUUGUGAAUGUGGAAGAAUUCAUUUUGGCGCUUCACCAAUGUCCAGUACCGACGGGAGCCUUCUAUGCGAGCUUUGAUGUAGUAUCCUUAUACACGAACGUGAAUAACGAGGGAGCAGUGCAAGCUGUCUUAUCUCUCAUCGAGGAUAACAAAGACCAUAUCACGAUGAUGGGAUUUUCCCUCAGCGAACUUAAGGAUCUCAUCGAAGCAGCACUGGAAUGCAACAUCUUUUGCUUCGACAAUAAGUUCUACAAGCAAAAACGAGGCCUUGCCAUGGGUAACCGCAUAGCACCUGUGUUAGCAGUCAUCUUCUUGGACCACAUCGAAAAGUCAUCAUUAACUAGUGGAAUUUUGUUCUACAAACGUUAUAUUGAUGACGUAUUCAUUAUCGGAACAACGGAAGAAGACCUUGUGGAAACAUUGGAGAGACUGAACUCUCACGAUGCUAACAUAACCUUCACCAGGGAAGAUCCGGGGAGGGAUGGAUUCCUUCCAUUCCUCAAUGCGAAAACACGAAUAAGUGAAGGUCAUAAGGAACACCUAUGGUAUAGAAAAAGUGCCUCGUCGAACAUCUUGUUGCAUUCUAGAAGCGCACAUCCUGCUUAUAUGAAGGCAAACGUCGUGCGGAAUCUUUUGAAAACGAAGGAGAAGCUUGGGACGCGAAAGGAUUCAGUUGUCGAUGCCAAAAUUGAAAGUAUCCUUGAAAGCAAUGGAUACUUCGAGGGCAAUACGAGGACAUGGGUCCCGCACAGGACGGCUGAUGGUGUUAGCCUCAUUGUACCUUUUGUCAACGACAAAUUGGCACAUUAUGCUUCUCAAUCGCUUGAUUGGCCAGAUGAGCAGAUCGUUGACAAUACCUCACAACGCGAUCAUUUUGGCACAUCUGAAAUAUUCCCUAUCAAUACCAUCGACAAUAUAAAUAAUUCAAGCUAUGCUUUUGAAUUCUACUAA